GUCUCCGCCGCCGUGGCGGCGUGCAGCACAAGCUGCGCAAGGGCCUCUGGUCGCCCGAGGAGGACGACAAGCUCUACAGGCACAUCAUCCGCUACGGCGUUGGCUGCUGGAGCUCCGUGCCCAAGCUCGCGGGCCUCCAGAGGUGCGGCAAGAGCUGCCGGCUGCGCUGGAUCAACUAGACAACUACCUCUGCCCAUCACGAAUCCACCGACUUUCCCAAGCCCAAGUUCCAGUUAUAUGCAGAUGGACAGAAGUUGGAUCAAUUCAAGGCUAUUUAGCAAGCCACAUUUGGAUGGGGUUGAUGAGUUCAUGAAGUUUGUUUUAGAAAGAUUUGAGGAGAACGAAGAGAUACUUUGUCCUUGUCGUAAGUGCUUGAAUCAGGUUCAUAGGCAUAAAGGAGUUGUGGAGGACCACUUAUAUUCAUGGCAUGUCCAGCACAUACAAUAAGUGGAUACUACAUGGAGAAGCACCGGAUGGCAGAAUUAAUGAAAAUGCAGAUCAUAUGGGUGAACAUAUUGGUUUCAAUGAGAACGCUAAUGAAAAUAUUGGUAUGAAUGAGGAGGAACAAGAUGAUGAUAGAUUUCCUGAUAUGCUAGAGGAGUUGUACACAGCUGAACAAGAAGAAGGAAAAUCUUUGUUUGCAUCUGUAUUAGAAGAGAUGAAAAAGGAACUUUACCCCGGUGCAGCUAGUACAAGAUUUUCUUUUGUGGUGAGGUUACUUCACAUCAAAUCAUUCUAUCAAAUAAGCAAUGUUGCAUUCAAUGCAAUUCUAAAGUUGUUAUCAUCGGCAUUUCCCAAUUGCUCUCUUCCUGCAUCUUUUCAUGAAGCCAAGAAACUAAUUCGUGCAUUGGGACUCGGAUAUGAUUCAAUCCAUGUGUUCCCCAAUAAUUGUGUUUUGUUUCGGAAGGAACAUGCAAACAAAGAUAAUUGCCUAGUUUGUGAUGAAUCAAGAUGGAAAGAUAAUGAUGCAAAGAAAAAGAUCCCUCAAAAGGUGUUGCGACAUUUUCUGUUGAUUCCAAGGCUGAAGAGGAUGUUUGCUUCCAAGAAAAUAGCUGAGAAGCUACAAUGGCACAAGCUGAAGAGAAAACCAGUAGAUAAUGAGCUUAGUCAUCUAGCUGAUGGUGAGGCAUGGAAGGACUUUGAUAAAAAAAUAUGAGUGGUUUGCUGAGGAUCCAAGAAACAUCAGGUUGGGCCUUGCUACGGAUGGUUUCAAUCCAUUUGGCAAAAUGAACGCCACAUAUAGCAUGUGGCCGGUAUUUCUUGUGCCCUAUAACUUUCCUCCAUGGGUAUGUAUGGAACAAUCAAACUUCAUGAUGAGCCUACUCAUCCCUGGAAAGGAUUUUGAUGUCUUUUUGGAGCCACUAGUUGAAGAGUUGCUAGGGCUUUGGAAAGGUGUCAGUACCUUCGACACUGUUAGUAGAAAAACUUUUGACCUACAUGCUGCAGUCAUAUGGUGUAUUCAUGAUUAUCCAGCUUUGAGUACAUUGUCAGGCAGAGUCACAAGAGGUUAUUAUGCAUGUGUUCGUUGUGACAAAAAUCCUUGCUCUAGAAGAAUAAGGAAUAAGAUAUGUUAUAUUGGCCAUCGACGUUUCCUUCCUACAGACCAUCUAUGGAGGAGAAAGAAAUGUUUUGAUGGUCAGGUUGAAGAACGUGGCAAACCAGAGGAGUUUACUUUGGAAGAGUUUAUGCAACAAUUGGAGAGGGUCAAGGAUGUUAGGCCAGGAAAGCAUCCUCAAAGCAAGAAGAUAAAGCGGGGAGAAGAUGAUCAAUGCUGGAAGCGAAGGUCUUGUUUGUUUGAUUUGCCAUAUUGGACUAGUUUGAAGCUACGGCACAAUCUUGAUGUAAUGCAUAUUGAAAAAAAAUAUAUGUGACUACAUUCUUGCUACAUUUCUCGGCCUGGUUGGGAAGUCAAAGGACAAUAUCAAUGCUAGGCUUGAUUUGGACGAUAUGGGCAUAAGAAAAAAAUUACACUUGAGGUAUGAUGGAAAAUCAUACAGUGUUCCACAUGCCCCCUAUACAAUGGAUAAAGCCCAAAAGCAAGCUUUUUGUGAUUUUAUAAGUGUGAAAUUCCCUGAUGGAUUUGCUUCGAACAUAGCAACACACAUUACUACUGAUGGCUGCAACCUCCAAGGACUAAAAACUCAUCAUUGCCAUAUACUACUCCAAAGGAUUUUACCUGUUGCUAUCAGAGGAAUCAUGCAUAAGGACAUCUAUGAAGCACUUGCAGAAUUAGCUAAAUUCUUUCAGCAAUUAUGUUCUAAAACUCUGAAGGUAGAUGUUUUGCAUAGAAUGAAAGCUAAAAUCCCAAUCAUUCUAUGCAAGCUUGAGAAAAUAUUUUCUCCUUCUUUCUUCAAUGUCAUGUUACACUUGGCUGUUCAUUUGCCUGAUGAGGCACUCCUUAGAGGUCCAGUUCAAUAUGGAUGGAUGUACCCGGUUGAAAGAAGGUUGUAUACCUUGAAGCGUUUUGUGAGGAGCAUGGCAAGACCUGAAGGAUCCAUUGCAGAAGCAUAUGUUGCUAAUGAGUGCUUGCAUGCUUGCUCAUGGCACUUUGAUGAUCUUGACACACGACACAAUCGGGAAGGAAGGAACAGAGAGCGUGUCGAUUUGAGUAGAGGCGACCUAUCUAUUUUUCAGCAUGGAGUUGACUUACUUGGAGCCUCUAGGGUCACAUACCUCAAACAUGACUAUGAGAAGAUGGUUUGGUUUGUGUUGAAUAAUUGUCCAGAGGUGGAGCCAUAUAUCGAGAUAUGCAGGAAAGAGUUUGUGGAAAAAGGAAUUCUUGAUGUUAAAAAAACCCUUGAGAAGCAAUUUUCCUCCUGGUUUAAGAAGCAUGGGGAGGAGGUCCCUGAUGGCCUAUAUGCAUUGUCAUGUGAUCAGGAUCUGCGAGUUCGAAAAUUUUCAGGAUGUCUUGUUGAUGGCAUUCGAUUCCACACUACCGACCGUGACAAAAAUAGAAAAACACAGAAUAGUGGAGUAAUGACAGAGGGUACACAUGAUGGAGAUCCUAUUGAGUUUUAUGGUUCCUUCAAAGAAAUAAUUGAGCUGCAGUACAACUCAGAUUUAAGCAACAGCUGGACAGUGGUUCUCUUCCGAUGUGAUUGGUAUGAUACUAAUGCCAAAAGUUCUAGAAUGAAGGAUGAUGGCUUUUUUAGAAGCAUCAACUGUGCCAAUUGCUGGUACAAGGAUGACCCUUUUAUUCUGGCAACACAGGCAACAAAGAUUUUCUAUUUGAAAGACACCGCAAAAAAUGCUGAAGGCUGGAGCGUUGUUCAAAAAUUUACUCAUAAGACACCUAUGUAGUCGCCUGAAAAUGACAAUGAUGAGAGAUCUGGUGGCUCAGGUCUGUCUUACCAAGAUGAUACAUGUGAAGGUUUUCAGGUCAGACUCAAUGAAGGAAAUUUGGACAGUGAAAAUCUGGACAACGAAGAUUGUCUUCAUGUUGAUGCAAGUGUAAUUGAUGAGCUGCGAGCACAAGGUCAAGAAGAAAUGGAAGAACUUUACUCAAGCGAUGAGGAUGAAACUGGAUGGCAAUAUAUCAGUGAUAAUGAAGGCCCAACAAUCCCUCUCGAUGAGGAUGAGGAUAGCGAUGGCUAGUAGCUUGUUGUUUUGUUAGCUGUCAACUCAAUAUUGUAACUAUGUGAGCUGUGAACUCACUUAUAUUUAUUUUCUUGUAAUCCUUGAUUCGCAUGAGAAUGGAACCUAUAUGGUUAUUUUUUGUAAUCCUUCAUUCCCAGUCACAAGAACUAUGUGAGCUGUGACUACUCCAAACUUAUAUGCCAAAUCUGAUCUAGUAAUAGCAAUUGAUUUUGGGUCAA